AAGUGUCAUAAUGUUUUUGACAGGGGUGCAGGAAAGAUGGCGGCCCGAGUAAUUGUUAACAUUAUAAGAACCAUGUGUAACCGCUCCUUGCAGCCUCCUCUUUGCGUGUCGUGCGGUCGCAACCUCGCAUCGCAGCAGCAUUCUCAACCUAGGCCAUGGAGAUUGACGAUUGGGAAACUACAGAUGUAGUCAUUUGUGGCUGUGGCCCAACAGGGGCCAUGCUCUCGGCUUAUUUGGGCCAGAUGUCGGUUCCUAAUGUGGUGCUGGAGCGAGAAGCUGAUAUCAACACCGAUCCUCGUGGAAUCGCCCUGGAUGAGGACGGUAUUCGCUUUCUCCAGGGGGUCGGUAUAUAUGAUUCGAUCUUUAGUGAAAUCGGCAGUUGUAUGGGUAGGUUCAACUUUAUCGGCGGAACAGAGCCAGUCUUGAAGAAAAGCCCGUUUCUCGCUUUGAAUUAUAGCACGACGGCUGGGGGAACAGGCCAUAUAGGCUUUAUCUCUCACAAACAACCUAUACUCGAAAAGAACUUACGAAAGGCCAUGUCAGAAAGCGCAUAUUGCGUUCUGAGGUCAGAAUCAACAGUGUAUGAGUUGUGUGAAGAUAACAAUUGGACCUACUGCAAGUAUCGAGAUGCGCAAGGGACUGAACGGAGGAUUCGCGCGCGAUUUUUCGUCGGCGCAGAUGGCAAGACGGGGUUCACACGGAAACAGUACCUGGAGCCAAAAGGUGUACAUAUGGAGAAGGUUACUGAGGAAUUUUACGAGGAGACCUGGGUAGCGUUAAACUGGCAAAUCACAUUGCCCACACCUGAGUCACACCCAGAGUUUCCCUUGUGGACGUUGGGAUAUACUCCAGAACAAGUGUAUGACCUUUUCUUUCCAUAUGAGUUCCGUUUUCUUUGCAAUCCUAAUCGCCCCGCCGUAUGCGGGCGAUUCGGUCUUCAAUCAGACCGGCUGUGGAGAUUCGAGUUUGUCGUUCGCCCAGGAGAGGACGGAUACGAGAUGGCGAAACCUGAAUCGAUAAGAAAGAUUGUCUUUCCUUAUGUGACACAUCGGGGAUGUCAAUAUAAUCUCCCACAUGAUGUACAAUUUCCUGAAGACUGUAUACAUGUUAUCCGAUCCCGCCCGUUUACCUUUUCCGCACGCAGCUGCAAUGCCUGGGCGAAGGACCGUGUUAUCCUUUGUGGUGAUGCUGCGCAUGUGUUUCCUCCUUUCGGAGGACAAGGGAUUGCGUCUGGAUUUCGCGACGCUGCUACUCUAGCAUGGCGACUAGCUCUGCUAUGUCACCAUCAUCCAACCACCCCCAAAUUCCACGAACAAGUCCUGGCUGCAUGGUACCAGGAGCGAAAGCAACAACUGGAGAAGUCUCUGGCUACAACAAUCGAGAACGGGAAGUUUGUGUGUGAAGCCAACUCCAGCAAAAUCUUCAUACGCGACUGGUAUCUUUGGCUAGCUCAGUUAGUUCCCAGCUGGAAACGCCAUCUCCAACUGGGGCGACGGAAGGACGGGAUGAUCCGAUAUGUACACUCUGACGGGAUGCCUUUUAUGCCGGAGCUUAACGGUGGUUUGAACCUGCCUCAAGUCUUCUGCAAGGAUAUGACGGAGAAGGUGCUUUUCACCGAUGAUGUCGUCUUCCAUUCCAAGCAGAAGAGUAUCUUCCGGCUAUUCGUUUAUUUACGCAAUAAUGGGGAUCUAGCGCGCACUCGGACGGUUCUGGGGGAAGUAGAGGAGCUUUCACAAAGCGGAUUCGCUGCCGACCAAGUUCCCUUUGUCAUUGAGGAUAUCACAAAACGCGGAGUUGGCGAUGACAAAAAUGUGUUUCAGAUCGCCACUGCUGAAGAGUUUGCCCGGUCACCGCUUUGUAAGGGCCGUCCCGAGCCUACCUAUUAUGAACCAUUCCUCAUUCGCACGGAGGUGCGCGCAAAGUACAUCAUCGUGCGUCCAGAUCGAGUUGUGUUUGCAGCAUGUGAGGAUGAGCAAAGUUUGAAGACGGCUAUUGGUUGUAUGAAGGACAUCUUGCGUUGGUAGUUCGUAUUUAUGAACUGCGUAGGUAUGAUUACGGCUUCUUUCACAUCAUACCCUAGAUGCUAUGGAGCCAAGCAUGACCGUAUCUUCAACUGUAUACAGCCCUAAUGUAGUGUUCUCCCAUGAAUUCCGUGCUUCGGUGUUUCAGCGCAUGCGUGUUCGAUUACGAGCCUUGGCGCUGGCUUCUUGUUCCUUCCAAUCAUAUCAAAGUAGGAUUGUGAGACAUCAUGACCAAGUUGUAGCAUCGUCCUAUCUCGGGCUUAUCCAGGAGACAUGAAACAGUGUCAGGCUGUAAGACCGAGUUCUGUCUAGACAAAAUAGUGAAACAUGCUACCAACAUAGCCGUUACCUAGAAACACAGAUUGGCUCCAUCC